CAACCAUAUGCUGGUUACCCUCUCUGGGGCCGUCCUUUACUGUUGCUGCUGGAACCCCAGAAGCUACAUACAAUUUUGAGGUUAAUGAAAGUGGUCUAUCUUCUUACCUCAAUGUGGUCUUUGUACUUAAAGUCUGUUGAGAGAGCCUAGACUCGUACUCCCAUUUAUUUGGAGAAAACCAAUACAAGAAAAAUCCAUGGUGGUCCUAAGCUUCCAAGCUGUCCAGUUCAGGCCUCCUCAACAUCUUCCAUUGCAUAGACCAAGCGCCGGAAAUGUCAUCCGGUGUGGGAUUGCAGAGCCAUCGGGAGAGCCGGCUCCCUUAGGACAAAAAACACGGUACAAUGAUGGGUUCUUUGACAGGGCAUUCAUGACACUCUUUGCUCGGAAGAUGGAGAAGUUUGCAGCUUCGGCUAAAGCUGGGACAGACACGAAGAAGAAAGGGUGGUGGAAUCUUGACUACGAGAGCUUUGUGGAUGUGUCUAAGAGAGUAAUGCAGGGAAGGUCUCGUAUGCAGCAGCAGGAAGUUGUUCGUGAGGUGCUCUUGUCUAUGCUCCCUCCAGGUGCGCCUGCUCAGUUCAGAAAACUAUUUCCUCCAACGAAGUGGGCUGCAGAAUUCAAUGCUGCAUUGACAGUGCCCUUCUUCGACUGGUUAGUUGGGCCUUCUGAGGUUAUUGAAGUUGAGGUAAAUGGGGUGAAGCAGAGGAGUGGAGUUCAUAUAAAGAAGUGCAGGUAUCUGGAGAACAGCGGGUGUGUAGGAAUGUGUGUGAAUAUGUGCAAGAUUCCUACUCAAGACUUCUUCACCAAUGAAUUUGGGCUUCCAUUAACCAUGAUUCCAAAUUUUGAAGAUAUGAGUUGUGAUAUGGUGUAUGGCCAAGUUCCGCCCCCUUUUGAAGAAGAUCCAGUGUCCAAACAACCUUGUUUUCCAGAUAUUUGCUCCAUGGCAAAUCCCAGCUCCAAUGUUUGUCAUAAACUACAGGCUUGCACACCCCCCCCCCCCCCCCCCCCCCCCCCCCUCCCUCAUUUUGGAGCAUUAGAGAGAAACAAUGGGGUAAACCUGUGGCAGACUGUACAUAUAUCAGAUUCUCGCUGUGUGUCCAAGAAACAAGCGAGGAAGACAUGAGACAUACACUGUAUUGAACUUGAAUUCCCUUUAAUAAUUUCUUUCAUGCUUGUGCUUUUAUACAUUGUAAACUUUAUCCCUCUUGGAUGCAAAUUAUAUGUUGAGGCAUUUUGCAAAAUUAGUCCA